AUGAAAGAUACAGAACUGCCACUCAUUCCCAACCUCGCGACUAUCCAUUAUUUACGGCAGGCUGGUGCAAUGCUCGAUCUUCCAGCGAGAACGACAGCAACGGCUAUUAUUUAUUACAACCAAUUCCACCAGUUUAUGCUAGUCAACAAGAACAACGAAUGUGUACGGAACAAUCAGUGGGUGGACGAGUCGAUGCCACUAUAUACCAAUGAGGAGCUAUUAGCUACGACUUGCCUUCAUCUUGCAUGCAAAGCAACGGAUGUUCCACGAAAAGUACGCGACUUGGUAAAUGUGGGAUACCGAUAUUAUCAUCCGAAGGAGGACGUGUUGCAAGUGGAUGAGACGUAUUUUCGGAUGCGGUCUUCAUUGGUCACAGGUGAAUUACUCUUGGUACGGGCACUCAGUUUCGAUCUUGAGGUGACGCUCCCUUUCACUUAUUGCCUACACGUACUUCGAGCAAUGGCAGCGGUUUCUUGGUUCAACAAAGCUGAAAAUGUGGAUAAGAGAGAACGUCGAAGGUCUCGAUCUGGAUCACCUGAUUAUCACAAAGACAUUUGGAGGCAUAUGGAACAAGAAAUGGACCCUGAGUUGAGUACAAUUGCUCGUGUGGCGUGGACGUUUUGCUGGGACAGUGUUUGUUCGCCAAGGAUCAUUUUGACGCGUAAACCACAAGAAAUCGCUUUGGGAUGCUUAUACCUUGCGUUGAGGACCUGUAAUGCCGAACUCCCUGUGACAAUCAAUCAGUGGGUGGAUAUGUGGGGAACAGCUGAAAAUCUAUCAGUUCAGAAUAUACGAGACGUUGUCACGGAUCUUUUAGACUUUUUCGACAAUGCUCCAUCGGUGCUUCAUAGUGACGAUCAGCAAGUGUUAAGCCCAGCAUCGGCAUAA